AUGUUAAAAUUCUUAUUAUCUUGUAUUAUAUUGAUACUGCUGGUAAAUAACUGAUGAGCUGUUCAAAGUUCUUUAUUUAUUCUUUCUUUCUUAAUAAUUAUUUAUUGUCAUCAUGAUUUUUACAAUUACAUAAUAGGGUGAUGUUUCAGAGUUGAUUCUUUGGGUUAUAUCCUAAUCUUAUUAAGUUUUUGGAUUACUGCUCUCGUUGUUUGCUCAAGACAAAAAGUUUUAAAAGAUAAUAACUAUCCAUCUCUAUUUUUACUGGUUAAUAUCUUUCUUUUAUUUUUUUUAUUAAUAACUUUUUCAGUUAAUGAUUACUUGUUGUUUUAUAUCAGUUUUGAGAGAUCUUUAAUUCCUACUUUAGUUCUUAUUUUAGGUUGAGGUUAUCAGCCCGAACGAUUGCAGGCUGGGGUAUAUAUGUUAUUUUAUACUCUAUUUGCUUCAUUACCUCUUUUACUAUCUUUAAUUAGUUUAUAUAAUAUAAGAGGCAGCUUAACUUUAGGUUUAGUAGAAAAUGUAGAGGGAAGAGGUUUUAUCUCCUGUUUAUGAUAUGUGGUAACUGUCUUUGCUUUUAUUGUAAAAUUACCUAUAUUUUUAGUUCAUUUAUGAUUACCAAAAGCUCAUGUAGAAGCACCUGUUGCGGGUUCAAUAAUUCUGGCAGGCGUUUUAUUAAAACUAGGAGGUUAUGGAUUGAUUCGAGUAUUAUUUUUAUUUGGGGAAGCCAACAAGAGUAUAUCUUGAUUGUGAAUUAGAAUUAGUUUAGUAGGAGGGGUAGUAGUAAGUCUGAUAUGUUUACGUCAAGUAGAUAUAAAGGCUUUAAUUGCUUAUUCUUCUGUAGCUCAUAUAGGUCUUGUUUUAUCAGGUCUUGUAGUAUUUGGUUGAUGAGGUUUAAAUGGGGCAGUAGUAGUUAUAAUUGGUCACGGUUUAUGUUCUUCUGGUUUAUUCUGCUUGGCUAAUAUGGUUUAUGAGCGAGUAGGGAGUCGAAGAUUAUUAAUUAGUAAAGGAUUAAUAAAUUUUAUACCUAGAAUAGCAUUGUGAUGAUUCCUUUUGAGAGCAGGUAACAUGGCUGCUCCUCCUACUCUAAAUCUCUUAGGUGAAAUUAGAUUAAUUAUUAGAGUAGUAUCAUGAAGAAAGGUAAGAAUAUUAUUCAUUGCUUUAUUAUCUUUUUUUAGAUUUAGUUAUACUUUAUAUAUAUUUUCUUUAAGACAACAUGGUAAAUACUACAGAGCUUUAUUUUCAUGUUGCUCCGGUAAGGUUCGAGAAUAUCUGAUCUUAAUACUACAUUGGUUACCUUUAAAUGCUUUAAUUUUAAAAAGAAGAGUGCUUAUGUGUUUAUUAUAA